UGACCGUUCGCGUCAACACUCCGUACACAACCUUUGACCACUCACUCGACCCUGUGAAUUUCCCUAUGACCUGCAACGACAGCCCGCUAUCGCCUUGAGAUCCGCAUUUCCUUGAUCUGCCAGAAACUCAGCGCUGCUGAAACUUGGCCUGGCACAGUUCUCAACGGAUUUUAUGUCCCAGAAGUCGAGGUCUCAGCACGAACUUGUUCAGACGAAGCAGGUGCAGGUGCCCACAGACAAACACGACGGCCCCCCACAACCUGUACCCGACCGACACUGCUUGCCAUUACGGCGAGUAAGAUGACCUGAUCUUUUAGCUAGCUUGUCGUAUCUAGCUCCCAGCUGCGCCACGACAUGAUGGAGGUUGUAGCGGAGGAGCAGGGGCCUUUGGAGGCCGACAAAGAAUUUGGGCUUGAAGACACCCGAGACGACGAAUUUGAUUUCGAUAUUGAUGGCCCAGUGGCUGGGCUCGAAUCCACUGAUGACGUUGUGGCAUAUGACACCGAAACCAACGAUGCACUCCCCGACGCUCGCACAUACUCGACACAGGAUCAUGUCGCGCAGCAAGUCUUGCAUGAGUCUUACGAUGGGCAAAUCGCUGGCCAAGAACAGGGUCAGCAUGAUAUAGAGGUGUCUGCGUUUGAAACCUCGAUAGAUGCCGCGGUUGUUGUUCAAGUCGACCAAUUCGGUGAUGAGGAAGGAGGCAACGCCGAACUCGAAGAACCCCAGCAAGCAACCGAAGCACAGUAUGGGGAGGGUGACCGGUACCAAGAGGAUGAUUAUGUUGAAGUCACCGCAGAAGAGGUUAGAGACCUCGUCGACGCUGAUCAGCACAAUGAGGGCCAAGAUCAAGAUGCGACGGUCGCUACAGGGCAUGCUGAGUUUUCGCACCCGGAGGAUGAGCACUUUCACGACGAUCUUCACGAGGAAGGCAUUAGUGCCGAACAAAUCGGACCGGGUCAGUCCGGGGACGAGGCACCGCCGCCCGUAGACAGCAGCUACGCCGACGAAGCGACCGAGAACGGAAUGGUGGCUGAGCCUCACAGCGAGGAAGCCCUCCAAAGCGCAAGCCUUGGAGACGAUUCUUCUCUCGCGGAAACCGCUGUGCACCAGAACAAUGCGGACACGGCGCAUGGUCUGGACGAUGUCAGCAGCCAAGAGGAUGAGCUACUUGAGGGCUCAGAGCAGCAUCCCCGCGUGAGAGUGUCUUAUGGAACAGCAGAGUUCUACCUCUUUGCGGAGUCCCCCAACGCUGAUCCCGAUGAUUACUUCUUCGAGAACGCAGACGUGCUUUCCCAACCAUUAUCAGACUUCCUAACCAAAGUGCGCCAAGUCAUAACGGAGGACCUGCAAGAUCUCGAUGAACUUUAUGUGAAAGUGGACGGGCUCGGAGUUGAGUUUGGAGAGACAACGACGAAUGACUUCCUAGAGCGUACUACUUUUGGUCAGAUUCUAGAGCUGUAUGAUCAACUUGUGAAGCUUGACGAUGAUUCUUCCGAGGUACCAGAGCUGUACAUAUACCUGGAAACGAGACCGAAUUGUCUGCGUCGGCUCACGGAGCUCAGCAACAAUGCCAGCAAUGGCAAGGGGCUAUCCGAGGUAGGGUUCUACUACGAGGGAACUCCGGAUCUCACAGCCAUUGAGGAGGCUUCGAACGAAUACGAUGGAGCCCACCAGGGUGCGGACUCUGAUGACAUCUCUGACAACGAGUCAAAUGACCAAGUAGAAGGAGGUCUGGGUGAGACACAUGAGGCUGGGCAGUCGUCCAAUCCUUUUCGCCUCAGUGAGAGUCAACAGCAGGCCAUGGACAUCUCAAACUCCAGGCUCGCAGAAGAAGAAGCGGCGGAUGAUCCCAUGGCGGCAGAUCAUCCCGCUUACGAGGAUGAGAACGACGAGGCUCUCUUGAAUGAAGUGCAGGCAGACCUCGAACUCGCAGGGCCGCCGGCCCCGCCCGAUGUGAGCGCGACCGAAGCCCAACAGGACUCUGACCUCUUGCCAGGCGAGGAUGAGGACCUUGCCGCAGACGUCGCAAAUGACGGAAUUGACGACGACCAAUACGCGGAGGAAGGCGCCCAACUUGGGGACGAAGCUACCGGGACAGAAGCAAACGCUGAGGCCGAAAAUGAAGACUUGCAGGACGACGAUGGCCCUACUGAUGACUACGACACAGCGGAACAUGACGAUUACCUCGACAUCGAAGCGACCGAAGAGCAGCCGACCGAGCCUGCAGGAUAUGCGGCGUCUGCCGGCACCCCCGAGCCGACAUCCCACAAUUCCAGUGCCACGGCGACCCUCGACGGAGAAGGCCCAGGUCAUGGUGACGAUACGUCUGCGGCCGAUGCAUUGAUCGAUGCCGGCCGUUCGUUUGAGACCCCAUUACAGGCGGAGCCAGACCCUCCAGAGACUGAAACCGACGAGAUUCACUGGAAUGACGAUGACGAGGCCGAGCACGACAACGACGGCGAUGAGGUUGACAUUACAAAUCAGAACCAGACCGACCUGUCUCCUUCGAGCCUCUCUAUCAAGAGAGGCAGACAAGCAGACGAGGAUGAUGUUGGUCCAGGUGACGAUAGUAUUGCCAAGCGUCGUCGGACAUAGAUGCCUCUCUGGGCGUAGUUGUCAGAUCAGACUUGAUCAAGGCCUCUGCAUCGCCAGUGUGCCCUGGGCCCGAGUGCUGGGUGCAGUUGUAGUGCAUCUGCACCCGUCACAUACUCGACCCUGAUUUAUCGACCCCCUCCCCAUCCUUAUUAUACCCCUUUCUUCGCAUUCCUGCCCGAUUAGCAACGUGGACCAGCUGAAGCACUGACGAAAAACCAACAAUUCCCACCGAUCUGCGAGGUAAGUUCCGAUCUGAAGACACGCCUGGCCUGCUUUCUAAGGCCUGGCAUACGGCCCAAUCUUUUUAUGCUCCGCUGCGCCGUUGGGUGAGAUCUCGCGCGCGUAAGACAUCGUUCAUGACGACUUUUGAAGACGAAGCACUCAUGCAAUCUUUUGCGACCAUGGGCGGCAUUUCGAUUUGGAGGACGUGACAGACAGGAGGAGUUGGAGCAAGUCUCCACAGACACGCGAUUUCACACUCACAGAGCUACUGGGACGGGAGGAUGGACAGACACGAAGCGCCUACCAAUGACUACGUGUGAGUGUCUUGGGAGGUGCCACUUCUGAUUCUUCCAAGGAGGUUAAGUAUCUCUUUUGACGGGACGGGCGUGGCGUGUCUGAGCGGCUUGCGCGGGACGAAGGUUAUUUUAUGUGCGUAACGGCGAUGGGGCUUGUCGAUGAGACGAACCAAAGCCUCUUGGUGUCUGCGGAGUGCUUUCUUGGAAUUUCUGUUGCCGGCGUUGUCAGCGACGAUAUUGCGGGAAACAUAGGUGGCUGGGCACUUGGGAAUAUGUAGCAAAGCUCUGUAUCAAUGUACGAUGAGCACUCCUAGUGAUCAGUGAAGCGCACGCGGGCCUCGGUUCAUUUAGGUGCGGUGCAAAGAUCGACCAGACUCCAGCAACUACUCCCUGAUAUGGUACUGGCCCGCAAAUUUUACUACUGAUUCAGAGAGGAGCGGGAGGAAAGACGUGUUCUUGUGAGUGGAUCCGAGGUGACUGACAACUCUCGAAACCACAUACAUUGUAAUAGAG